CUGAUUGUUGCAGCCACCACCGCUUUAAAACCCACAAGGGUGGCCUGACCCGUCUUCUUUAGUUCUUACACAUUGCAGCACGAGUCUUGCAUUCUAUUUCUGUAAUUCCACAUUUUCCUCAUUAUAAAACUGUGCUUCACUUUCGUGCUACUUCCUGUAUAAGAAGUACUUCAAAAACCCACGCCACUUUAUCGUAAACAAACAUUUUUCUUCCUUGUACUUCCAAGCCCGAGCUCACUUGCAGAGAAAUCAUGGGUUUCUUCAAGUGGGUCUCCUUGAUUUUCAUUCUUAACUUGUUUGGUCCGAGGUCCGCUUUCUCAGAUUCUUCUUCGACCUCAAAUGGGCUAUCAGAAAUCCCCAAAAGGUUUCUCCAAUAUGCCAAGAAGCCGGAACUGUUUGAUUGGAUGGUGGGAAUCAGAAGGAAAAUACACGAAAACCCAGAAUUGGGUUUUGAGGAGUUUGAGACUAGUAAGCUUAUCAGAGCAGAAUUGGAUAAGAUGGGUAUUCCCUACAAUUACCCAGUUGCAGUUACUGGUGUUAUCGGCUUCAUUGGGACUGGUGGAGCCCCUUUCGUGGCCAUAAGGGCUGAUAUGGAUGCUCUUGCUAUGCAGGAAAUGGUGGAGUGGGAGCAUAAGAGUAGAAUUCCAGGGAAGAUGCAUGCUUGUGGGCAUGAUGCCCAUGUUGCAAUGCUUCUUGGUGCUGCAAAGAUCCUUCAAGAGCAUCGUGAAGAGUUAAAGGGAACUGUUAUACUUGUUUUCCAACCAGCCGAGGAAGGUGGUGGAGGGGCCAUGAAAGUAAUAGAUGCUGGAGCAUUAGAGAAUGUAAAUGCCAUCUUUGGCUUGCAUGUUGCACCUAAUCUACCUGUUGGUGAAGCACACUCCAGAGCUGGUCCCAUAGGGGCUGGGAGCGGCUUCUUUGAAGCUGUAAUAAGUGGAAAAGGAGGCCAUGCAGCCAUUCCUCAACAUUCAGUAGAUCCAGUAUUGGCAGCUUCUAAUGUGAUUGUUAGCUUACAACAUAUUGUUUCACGUGAAGCUGAUCCACUGGACCCACAGGUAGUUACUGUUGCGAGAUUCCAAGGAGGUGGUGCAUUCAAUGUUAUUCCGGAUUCUGUAACAAUUGGCGGCACCUUCCGCGCAUUUUCAAAGGAAAGUUUUAUGAGACUCCGGCACCGGAUUAAGGAGGUUAUCACAGGGCAGGCUGCCGUGCAGAGGUGUAAUGCAACUGUGAAUUUUUUCACAGAGGAGAAAAACUUCUUCCCUCCAACCGUAAACAAUAAAGGUUUGCAUGAGUACUUCUUAGAUGUCGCUGGGGAUAUGCUUGGUACCCACAGAGUCAAGGACUUGAAACCGCUGAUGGGGUCAGAGGAUUUUGCAUUUUACCAAGAGGUAAUACCUGGAUACUUCUUUUUACUCGGAAUGGAGAAUGGGACACGUGGACGGCUAGAAUCAUCACAUUCACCAUACUUCCGAAUUAAUGAAGAUGCAUUUCCAUACGGUGCUGCUCUUCAUGCAUCAUUGGCUGCUAGGUAUCUGCUUGAAUUCCAACAGGAGGUUUCCGUUUCAGACAGAAACUAUCAUGAUGAGUUGUAAAUGUUUGUUGACCAUCUUGUUACCUGUUUGAAUUCUAUACGGGCCUUGGCACGACCAAAUUUUCACCAGGCAUUUUGUUUAUAUUUGUAACUGCUUCAGUUGUAGAUGACAUGUUUUGAAAUCAGGUCAUCUCCGUCAAAUACUUUAGGUUCAUUAUGUCAGCACUUUUGAUUUCAUAUGUUUAGCAAGAGUCAUCAAUAUGUCAGCUUAUCCAUCCGGUUGAAAAAGAAAUUGAUAUUUUGACAUCUUCAA